AUGACAGCCGGAGGUUGUUUUAGUAUCCAAACGACAAUGUUGUUCGGUCGUAAAUCAUCAAGCAAGUUACAGCCUGUAAAAGGGCAAACAUCGCCUAAAGUUAGCAAGAGUAGCAAGCAAGAUGUGAAAACUUCUUCUUCGUCUACACCUAAAACUUCUUCAUCUUCACCCAUACCGAUUAGAUCAUCUAGGUCAAUAUUAUCCUCAAGCAGCCUUACAUCAUCAAGACGUGUUUCUUCGCCUAUAGGCAUCCUCAAGAAUGCCUCUAUUAAAGAAACUAAGAGCCCCAAGACGACCAGUUCACCUAAAUGGACUGGUAAUUUCAUUCUUAUGGUCGAGCUUCGCAGGAAGAUCUUUACCUUUAGAGACAUCAUUGAUCUUCCUUCUCUUGACGGUUCUCCUUCCAUAACCGAUAUGGUGAUGCAUACAAUGAAAGAUCUUCAGAAACUUUGUCCUGAGAUCAUCCACAGCUCACAUAUCUCGGAAAUAAGACGUGCAAAUGUCGAUAAGGUUCUUGACCAUUUCUUCAAUGCUUUAAAAUCCAUUGGAGAUUCCUGGAUUGAUAACCCCGAGUGGAUAGCUAAAUCUAAGUAUUGGAGUAGCAGCGUCGGGAAGAAUCAGUCUGAUCGACUAGUGGAGAAGGUGUUAGCUGCAUUAGAUGGACUGAUUAAGAUGUCGAAAGAGAGGUUUGAUAUGAUGGAGAUUGAUGACGAAGAAGAGAAGAAAGAGUCCGCGUCCACUAGUCCACGGACAGCUAAAACCUCGAGCAGCCGAGCUUUAUCGCCAUCUGAAUCAUUCUCCGAUAGCAAAUCAUCCUUUGAUAGUAGAAACUCGUUCUGCGGGUCACCAAUCACACCAAGAUCAGUUCUACCAGAACCAAUGAUGGGUUCACCAGGAAGAGCUGGAGACUUUGCAAACUCUGCAUCACAUCUUCUGUGGAAUAUGAGAGUUCAAGCACUGGAGAAGCUUAGCCCUAUUGAUGUUAAGCGACUCGCUAUACACAUUUUGUCACAGAAAGAAGCGCAGGAACCAAACCAAAGCAACGUAGAAGAUGAGAUUAGUGUUGUUGAAGAGAUCAAGCAAAAAACAGUUGAAAUAAAGAGCAUUGAUGUGAAGAUGGAGACAGAAGAAUCUGUUGUUCUUGAUGAAGACAAAGAUAUUGUCAUGAAGAUAGCUUCACUGGAUUCAACAUCUGAAGUCAAACUCAAUCAAUCAGAAAAAUCAGUAAUUGUGCCGGCAUUUUCGCCACCACCGCCUCCUCCUCCCCCACUACCCCCUGUUAAAACUGCAUCUCUACCUUCACCACCGCGUAAUUCUGACACUGCAAUAUCAAUGACACCUCCUCCGCCACCACCACCACCUCCGCCAGCAAUUAUGUCUUCACCAUCACCCCCUCCAUUACCGCCAACUGCAGUGGCUCCACCUCCACCACCUCCCCCUCCAAGAACAGCAGUAGCCCCACCACCGCCUCCUCCUCCUCCAGGAACUGCAGCGGCACCAACUCCGCCUCCUCCUCCACCAAUGCAGAACAGAGCACCACCGCCGCCUCCAAUGCCUAUUACAAAUAGUGGAAGAGGUGGACCACCGCCUCCACCACCUCCUAUGCCUCUAGCUAAUGGAUCAGGACCCCCACCGCCACCACCUCCUAUGGCUAAGUCAACUGGAGCAGCGGGACCGCCUCCACCACCACCACCAACGGGUAUGAAGAACGGAGCCGCCGGUCCACCACCCCCGCCAGGAGCAGCAGGUCCACCGCCCCCUCCAGGAGCAGCAAGAAGCUUGCGUCCCAAGAAAGCAGCUACAAAACUGAAAAGGUCAACCCAAUUAGGGAACCUAUACAGAAUCCUUAAAGGGAAAGUAGAGGGGCGUGAUCCUGCAGCGAAGACUGGUGGCGGAAGCGGAAGAAAACCGGGAGCCGGAAGCGCUCCAGCUGGUGGAAAACAAGGAAUGGCUGAUGCUCUUGCUGAGAUCACAAAGAAAUCUGCAUAUUUCCUGCAAAUACAAGAUGACAUUGCAAAGUACAUGAAAUCAAUCAAUGAGCUGAAGAUUGAGAUCACUAAGUUUCAGACUAAAGACAUGACUGAGCUUCUUAACUUCCACAGUCGCGUAGAAUCAGUUCUUGAAAACCUAACUGAUGAGUCACAGGUUCUUGCGCGGUGUGAAGGGUUUCCACAGAAGAAACUCGAAGCAAUAAGAAUGGCAGUUGCAUUGUACAAGAAGCUGCACGGUAUGAUCACCGAGCUACAGAACUGGAAGAUAGAAGCUCCUUUGAAUCAGCUUCUAGAUAAAGUCGAACGUUACUUCACAAAGAUCAAAGGAGACAUUGAUGCGCUUGAUCGAACCAAAGAUGAAGAAGCCAAGAAGUUCCAGAGCCACAACAUCCACUUUGACUUCAAUAUACUGAUUCAGAUCAAGGAGACAAUGGUUGAUAUCUCAUCUAGUUGUAUGGAACUUGCAUUGAAGGAAAAGAGAGAAGAAAAGCUUGCGUCGCCUGACGCGAAACCGAGCUUGAAGAAGACAGUAGGAUGUACUAAAAUGCUUUGGAGGGCAUUUCAGUUUGCAUUCAAAGUCUAUACAUUUGCUGGAGGACAUGACGAUCGCGCUGAUUCCUUAACCAGAGAGUUGGCUCAUGAGAUCCAAACUGAUCCUGAGAACCCAUGAUAAGUUCCAUCAUUCAGAAUCUCAGAUCAUCUCAACAUGGUUACCAAACUAUACUACUCCUUUUUUUUGCUAUUAUGAUAUAAAAACAUAAAAUUAAUAUUCCAAAAUGUUCGAUACUGAAUGAUUAAAGAGUUUAUAUGUAUAUGUAUAAAACUUAAACUGUUGUUUUGACU